AGCGUUCCCGAGCUUGUGUCCAUGCGGCUCGAUCCGCCCGGUUUCACGGGACCAUCUACGUCGUACGAUUGGAACUAUGCAAGCGACCGUUACUCGUCCUCGGGCUUGCCUUUUCGCUUUCUUCUGCGCCGAUCUAUCAUCCCGGGAAUUUCUUUCUUUCGUUUUCGAUCCACGGCCUCAUUCGUUCGUGGUUCCGAGAUUUUUUCUCAGCAACGAGAACUCACCGGAGUUAUCGCGAACCACGUCUACCGUCGAUUAUCCUCGUCGGUUCAGCGUUGUUUGGUCGAGCACGAGGACGAAUCCGAAACCAGAAACGCCACUGCCUUUCAUGUCUCUUACGAAUCAGUUUAUCGUAGCGGAGUGCGCCCGCGCAUUCGAACGCUCACGAAUAUUUUGCAGAAAAACGGUGAUUGUCGUGUUGUACAGCGAGGGAACGAUUGGUUUGACGUCGAAAGCGAGGAGAGAAAGGAAAACCACGGCGACGACGAUGACGACGACGAUGAUGACGGUCGCGCCGACGAUCGUACUUUAUCGACAUCCCAAGAAUCGGGGUCACGGUCUUGUUAUACCGGAAGCAGGAAACCGAGAACGAGGUGGAAGAAAGUUGACGAGAAACACGCCAUUUUCGAUGAAUCUGUCAAUUUCUCUCGAAUUCGUAUCGCAAAUGCCACGAACGUUCCUCCAGUCGAUGCAUUUCCUUACACUGCCUAUAAUGACGAGAACGAUAACGAAAGCUUUUGCGAUAUCGGUGAGUCACGUGUCGUGUUAUCCCAUGAGAUCGGGAACGUUCGUGUCAGAGAGGAACGAUAUCGAGAAGAGACCAAGUUUUGUCGAGAGGUUCACGAUUCGAAGGACGAACUCGAAGCGAUCGAAGUGGACAGUAUUCGUGGCAAUGGAGAACGUUUUCGAAAAUUUCGUGGUCGUCGUAAACGGAAUUCUUGGAGGAGUGAUACGCGCGGAAAGGUGCGUGUGGAGAAUGGAAACGGCUGGAAACGCGAAAGCCACUACACUGCCCGGUUCCAGAAGCCGAUCACCAACAGACGUAGCGAGAACGAGACGAAAAUCUCGACGAACGGACCAACGAAGGUUUCCAAUUGGUGUGGCCGAAAGUACGGAUUGCUGUUCAUCUUGUAUCUAUUGUCUUGGCCGUUGGUAUGUUCGACGAAUCCCUCCGGACAGUUUAUCGCCGGUUUUACCCAUAAUCCAUCCCUCGGUCCCGUUGACAACCUUCCGCGGCACAAUGCCACGCAAACUUCGUCCUUGUUGUUAUCGUCGACGGUGGUGCACCAACAUCAGCAGCAUCAGCAGCAUCAACAGCAUCAGCAGCAUCAGCAGCACCAACAAUAUCAACAACAGCAGCAGCAUCAUCAGCAAUUGCAAGAAGAGAAGGAAGCGCGAGAAGAAUUGGUACGGGAUGCCGAGUAUAGCAGGGAGAUUAACGGGCAUCAUCGUCGCCGGCACGAGGAGCAACAGGAAGAAGAACAGGGUCGCGAUCAACGAGAGGUGGAAGAAACGUUGUAUCGAGAUCGCGAAGCUGUUCUCGAAUCCGAAUCGAUACAUCCUUACAACGAAUACAGCUGGGAGGUGAACCAAAUAAAUCCUUGGUUAUCGGCCUGCGAUCUGGCGGGACCAGCACCGGCCGAUCUUCAGGGUAGCUGCGGUCCACCGGAAGUACCGAAGAAUUGCCCGGUCGCUUGCCCGGCGACGAGCUCGAAAGGGAACGGAAACGAUGCCGAGUUUUUCGAGGUAAUGAAGAAGGUGGAGGUUACCGAGAGGAAUUGUUAUUGGUCGACUGGAAGAGGAGAGAAGGCGGAAUCGGAACGGUUCGGUUCGAGUUCGAUAAAGUUGUCGGCGGCAGACGGAGGCGAGGACGCGAGUGGGAAAAAGGGAAGAACCGAUGGAGAAAAAGCCGAGGGCGUACGGAUAGCUCCGGAACAGUGCCUUUUUUAUCUCGAACAGUCACAUAAGAAGGACAUCUGUCGGGAUGAUUUUGGCCGGACCAGUACGCGAAGUUUUUUAACCCCGAGGGAGAAUCGAUAUUGGUUCAUGAGCGGGUUGCGUCUGCGGCACUGCUGCGAGCACGCGGUGGUCAACGCCCUGGCACCUGGCAAGGGUGGUCCGCUCGAGAAUGUGCUGAACGGUGGCCAGAAGUGCGCCGAUGCCCUGGACAAGCUGUUGCUCGUCGAUGCGUUAGCCGCGAGAUUGCAUUGUGAGUUCGAGGAAGUGCUCGCGCGAUACGACUGUGCACAGCCAUAUUCGGUCAUCUUCAACUGCACCCACUGCAAGGAAGCAUAUAGAAAAUGGGUGUGCAGCUCCCUGGUGCCUUACUUUGCUCAUGGGGGACCGCAGGAUUUGGAUAGCUCUAACAGCUGGGCCGGGAGCAGACUUCGAUCCUGUCGGUCCUUUUGCCAAUCCGUGGAGCAACGUUGCCCUUACUUACUUCCGGGCGAUCGUGCCCCCGCGUAUCCCACGCAAUACGCCGGCGAACCCACUUUUCUUUGCAGAGAUCCAAAUAUCCCCGAGACCGGAGAGCAAGCUGCAAGGGCAUUACAUAGCAGCGAAGAAGACGAGUGUUGCUUUCAUGCGUGUUCCGAGGAGUUACCGGGAUUGGGUAUCUGCGCGAAUUGCACCGAUCGGGAACCACGAAGACGCGGGAAGAACCACGAUCCUCCGACGGCACCCCGUUGCGAGAUUAAUCCCAUUCAACCAGCUUCCACAGGUGGAGGAUAUCAAGAAUCGGGAUCCACAGGCAGCAGUUUGGAAGAAGGAGAGAGAUACGACUUGUCCACGGAUUCUGCAGCUGCCUCGAUGACGAAUAUGGCGCGACAGCAAGGAACAUUGGUGUGCGGAACUGGCGGUGGUGUCGGCUCGAUCGCGAGCGUUUCCUCUUCCGCUCGAUUGGUGGCUACCAUUUUGACCAGCAUUUUCGGCAACGUUCGAACGAUUCCCGUCCUCUGGAUCUCAAAGAUCUUUCUUUGGUCGAUCGUGCCGCUCGGUGAUAGUGACGGUGUUGGUAGUGGUAAUGAAAAUGAACCUAGUGUCGGUGUAUCCAAGGGCAAGAAAACGAGUCAGCUGGUAGAGUUUGUCGCUUGGCUGCAUCGUUGCUUUGGCAAUGUCAGCGUACGUAACGGUGUAAACUGGUUGCUCGAAAAGUCGAUGGUGGUCGAAUGUCGCUGCCAAAGUUGGUGGUAUUGCUGUUGGUAUUGGUGGUGGUGGAGAUGGCGAAAGAUAUCGAGCGGUUGUAUUAGAUGGAAAUUUCGAUAUCGACGUUACGAAGAAAGUCAUUUCGGUCAAUUCCUUGGUACGCGUUGUCCUAUAACAUUCGGUGCUACUUUGACUCCUGUCACCUCUGCCGCUACCACCGUCGCCAUUGCCAUCGUUAUCGCUAUUACCAUCGCCAUUGCCACCGCCAUCGCUAUCGCCAUCGCCAUCGCCAUCGCCAUCGCCAUUGUCAACGCUAACACCAUCGCUACCGCCACCGUCACUGCCGGUGCUAUCACCAUCGCCACCGUCAUUGUCAUCAUUCUCGUGAAAGACGAAUACGUUUUCCAUUCGCACAAAACGUAUCGCGAUUCAUUCCUCGUUGAUUUGUUCACGGUAAAGUGCUCAUGGAGACAAUGGAACUGGUGGUGGUGGUGGUUGUACCGAUGGUGGAGAUCAUGGGAAACGAAUCAAGGAGGAUUCGUCGGAGUCGGUAUGUCGGUCGGAAAAAAGAAUCGCCCUCGUGCGCUUAAACACGAUCGAUGCAGAAUAGCUGAUCGAAGAAGAAGAAGAAGAAAAGGAAGAAGAAGAAGAAGAAAAAAGGAAAGAAGGAACAGAAGAGCUUCGGAAGUUUCUGAAGAGGACGUUCGAUCUUCUCCGUCUAGACGUCGGUAUUUCAAACUAUCCUCGAGGAAAGACCCACCAUAGAGCAUUUCGGGGAAAGCGCAAAAGCGUGAAACACAGGUUUUUUUCUAUCGGUAAUCAGAGCUCUAUCGGAAAGGACUUUGGCCGUACCUUUCUCGAUUUUCAAUCCUCGAAAUCAACGGUCUUAACGCGAGACAAAUCGCAAAAAGACUGGAGUUCAAGGAAGAUAAGGAAGAGCACGUAAAAGGCUUAGGAAGGUGAAGAAGAGUAGGAGGGUGAUCGAAAAUAAGGAGAAGAAAACGAGAAACGUUUGACGUAUGUACGUACGGAGGAGAAAGACAUACGAACGGUAUGUGAUGACGAAUGAGAAAGUAGUGGAAGUCGAUGUGCAACGCGACGUAAAUUUUUCAAAAUGAACAUACAGAGGAAUUGAUAGAAAUGAAGAAUCAAGAUUUGAACAUCGAAGAAGAAUGAAACAUGUCGAUGUUUUAAGUUUGAACGUGAAGACAAAAAGGACGUGAAACAAAACGAAGAAAUCGUAAUGUCUGUCGCUAAUAAUAAUGCUAACGAUAAUACAAUAAUAAUUAAUUGAUUAAAAAUACUAACAAUGACGACGACG